AGCUGGGAAUUGAUGGAUAUGAUAAAGUCACGUGAUUAGUAUGCGGUUAUCGAACCGGCGAUAAACGCGCCGACGAUUUUCCCGCCUGAUAACGCCACCCUUGCGAUAGUCACCGUUUACCAGUUCGAUUGUCAAGCUCGUCCUCUCCCAGUCACUCUUUCCAAGAAGAAAUGGUGACGGAGGAACAAUCAGCUCCCCCGCCCGAGGCGGUGAUGGGCACGCCCAGCGGUCCGAAGCGGACUCCGCUGACUCCAGAGCAAUUGCGGAGAAUAGAAAGCAACCGCCAGAAAGCCAUAGCAAUACGGGAACAACGCGAAGCAGAACAAGCUCGGGCUGAUCCUUCAUCUACCAAAGGUGUCAAGCGAACCUACUCCUCCAUGACUGCCUCCGAUCCUCCGGCGACUCUGCGCGAUGCGGCCUCUACAGAUAACCGCCCACUAGAUGGCAUCAAGCCGGCGCGCAACUUUACCAAAUUCGUUGAAUAUGACUUCUCUAAGAUCACGGACACGAAGGGAGGGUUCUUGACCGAAGAAGAUGACCGGUUCAACAAAGCCCUUCACGUUCGGGAUGAGAAGGCGGAGCAGAAGCCAGCGCACAUGACGCAGAGGGAAUGGGAGCGACAACAGCUGCUGAAGAAUCUCCAUCGAGAUCGAGCGGGAAUUUUUGAACCAGGGCUUAGUGUGUUGGAUGAGCGGACGCAACAGAAAACAUGUCGAGAGUGUGGCAGCUUAGAAAUCGACUGGAAAUGGGAGGAAGCCUUCCGAUGCUGUGUCUGCCAUGCUUGCAAGGAUAAAUUCCCGGACAAAUACAGUCUGCUUACCAAGACCGAGGCACGAGAGGACUAUCUCUUGACAAAUCCCGAGCUUCAGGAUGAAGAGCUCCUCCCACAUCUUGAGCGCCCCAACCCGCACAAAUCAACGUGGAAUAACAUGAUGCUGUAUCUACGGUACCAGGUCGAAGAAUACGCCUUUUCAGCCAAGAAAUGGGGUUCGCCGGAAGCAUUGGACGCGGAAUUCGAGCGACGCGAGAAUGAGAAGAAGCGCCGACGGGAGGUCAAAUUCAAGAGCAAGCUUGAAGACCUCAAGAAACGUACACGAGUCGACGCAUAUCGACGAAGCCGUCAAGGAGCAGCCGGUGGUAAUUUUGGGGAUGACUUGGGGAGUGGUGGACGACAUGUACAUCAGUGGGGAAGAUCGGUUGAAGAUCCCAAGACAGGGAUUGGGGUCAAGAAAUGCGUUGACUGCGGGAUGGAAGUCGAAGAACUCGAAUUCUAAAUCACUAAUGAACAUUUUCCUCUACAUACUGAGUCGUCGCAUUGUCCUGCUCUCAUCUAGGUGUUGCAGAUACACUCGGUCGCCGAUUACUGCCUCAGGUAUUGAUUGAAAAGCGCCAAGCGGCGUGG